AUGAGGCAAGUAACAGUAGACAGUCUGGAAUUUUUCAAGAGCCAUUGGACCGCCUGGCGAGUUUUGGGAGUGGCCCAUCUUCGGGUCCAGUCAUGGAGGAGCCUCUACCUAACCUACAGCAUCCUGAUGAAUCUGUUUGUGACCCUGUGCUAUCCCCUUCACCUGGGCAUGUCCCUCUUUCGGAACCGUACCCUCACCGAGGACAUCCUCAACCUGACCACCUUUGCCACCUGCACAGCCUGUUCGGUGAAGUGCCUGCUCUAUGCCUAUAAUAUCAAGGAUGUCCUGGAAAUGGAGAGACUUUUGAGGCUCCUGGAUGAGCGGGUUGUCGGCCCAGAACAAAGAGGUAUCUAUGGACAGGUGAGGGUGCAGCUGAGGAAUGUCCUGUACAUUUUCAUCGGCAUCUACAUGCCCUGCGCCCUGUUCGCCGAACUCUCCUUUCUGUUCAAGGAAGAGCGGGGCCUCAUGUAUCCCGCCUGGUUUCCCUUUGACUGGCUCCAUUCUACCAGGAACUACUAUAUAGCGAAUGUGUAUCAGAUCGCGGGCAUAUCCUUUCAACUGCUGCAAAACUACGUAAGCGACUGCUUUCCAGCGGUGGUUCUGUGCCUGGUCUCAUCGCACAUUAAGAUGCUCUACAGGAGGUUUGAGCAGGUUGGAAUGGAUCCUGAUAAAAAUGCUGAAAAGGAACUAGAGGCCUGCAUAACGGAUCACAAGCAUAUUCUAGAACUUUUUCGUCGUGUUGAGGCCUUCAUUUCACUUCCCAUGCUAAUUCAAUUUACGGUGACCGCUUUGAAUGUCUGUAUCGGCAUUGCAGCUUUGGUGUUUUUCGUCAGUGAGCCGAUGGCUCGGAUGUACUUCAUCUUCUACUCAAUGGCCAUGCCUCUGCAAAUCUUUCCAUCCUGCUAUUUUGGCACCGACAACGAAUACUGGUUUGGACGACUUCACUAUGCGGCCUUCAGUUGCAAUUGGCACAUUCAGAAUGGGAGUUUUAAGCGUAAAAUGAUGCUGUUCGUUGAACAGUCCUUGAGGAAGAGCACCGCUGUGGCUGGUGGCAUGAUGAGAAUCCAUCUGGAUACAUUCUUUUCGACCCUGAAAGGUGCCUACUCCCUAUUUACCAUCAUUAUAAGGAUGAGAAAGUAA